CUCUAUCAUCUCACCUUCAGGAAAGUUUUCUGUAACUAAAAAUAAUACUACCCUGAUAAGAAUUAAAAACAUUUAUAAUGAGAAUAAAUAAAUCCAGGAUUUUUAUUUCUUAAUUUUUUUUUUCUUCAGAUUUUCUUUCCCUCUCCCGUACCAUCCAUGAACACCAAUUUGUCAAAUGCAUUGCGUCCACAACACCGUUUCUUCCUCACAACCUUCAUAACAAUGAUAACAACACAAACACACACUCUCCAAAUUCCCAUCAACAAAAAAAACAAUUCUUCUGAUUUAAUCACUCUCUCCAUUUUCCUCUGGUCUUCCAAACACCGUUGUCACUACUCACUCGAUUUGGACCGAAUCGUCCCUGUCCUUCAUCGCCUCACCCACCGUUACAAAACCCCCCAAACCAUUCUCUCAAACUUACAAUCUAUUGGUUCUUUAAAUUUCCCCAACACAAACACAAACCGUAACCCUAACACUUUCUUACUCUUGUUGAGGAUUAUUCAUCGUGCAGGUGAUCACAUUAUGCUUAUUGACACUUUUCACCAUAUGGUACAAUCUCACGGUUUUGUUCCGGAUACAUUUUCUCGUAAUUUACUUAUGGAUUCUCUGUUUAGAACAUCACGUUCCCAAAUUGCUUUUUCUGUUUUCCAACACACGAGUUCCCCUAAUUUCUUCACUUUCAACAUUGCAGUUUUUCACCUUUCGAAUUUGAAUUACUUCAGUGAUGUUGUAAAUGUUCUUAGACAAAUGUUGAGGUUGGGUUAUUAUCCUAAUGAUGUAACAGUUAAUGCGGUUAUGAAUUUGUUUUGUAAAGUGAAUGCCUUGUCGCAAGCUUGUCAGCUUUUGGGUCUCAUGGUUGGUUUAGGGAUUGAAUUGUCUGUUAAUGUUUGGACUGUACUCAUUCAUACGUGCUGUAAAUUGCGUAGACUCGAUGUUGCUAUCGAUUUGUUCCACAACAUGAUUCGAACUAGUUGUUCUCCUAGUGUUGUUACUUAUACUGCUUUAUUUAAGGCGUUUAUGGAAUCCAACAUGGUGAAUGAUGCGUUGCAUUUGUUGAAUGACAUGCUUUCUGUUGGCCUGGUUCCUGAUUUAGUUUUUUAUAAUGUGUUAAUUGAUUGUUUUUCGAAGCUUGGAAGGUACGAGGAUGCAAUUCAAGCUUUUCUAUGUUUGUCGGAACAAAAAAACAUUAAGCCUGAUUCUUAUACCUUUACUUCAUUGUUAUCCACAAUCUAUUUGUCUAGACGGUUUCGUCUCUUACCCAAAAUAGUUCGAGUUUGCAGACAUAUAGAUAUUGAUUUAGUUUUCUACAAUGCUCUUUUAAGCUUUUAUGUUAAGGUUGGGUAUCCUUCUUAUGCUCUUGGGCUCUAUAAGCGUAUUAUUGAUGAAGGUUUAGAGCCAGAUAAGCAUAGUGUUGCUGGGCUAAUAAGUGCACUUUGUGCUAAGAAAAGAAUUAAUGAAGCUGUUAAUGUGUAUCGUGGUGUUGUUAUGAAGGCUGAUGCUCACAUCCAUACUUUGAUAACGACUGAGCUUAUAAAGGCUGGUAAGUAUCACAUGGCUGCUGGUGUUUUUAGAUUAGCAGCAGUCAAGGAAUAUCCACUUGACAGGGUAGCAUUUGCUAUUGUCAUCAGUGCACUUGUUAGAAGUGGAAGAACUCUAGAGGCCAACAUGUUGUACGACCAGCUGAAGGAUAAUGGUCUGGAACCUAAUGCUCAGAUAUUUAAUAUGAUGCUUUUCAGUUGGUGUAAAGAAAAAGAUCUUCAAAUGAUUAAACAGUUGCUGAAAGAGAUGAUUGAUGCAAGGAUAGAGUUGUGUGACAGAAAUUUCUUAAACUUGUGUAAAUUUCCAUGUAGUUUGUCUUUGUUGGCUGAAAUGAGAGAUUUGGGUUUAUUAUCUGCCAAAACAUUGCAUGCCUUAAGCUUUGAAAGGCACGCUGAAAGUGUAAAAGAAAAAUAUAAACAUUGUGCUGAAGUUGAUGCAGAAUGGAACCUAGUUUUGGAUUCAUCCAGUUCUGAAGAUAUGUCUGAUGUAGCUGUGUCAGUUUGUUGAGCUACUAUGGUCACGACUACGGUGUAGCCAACUUCUGAUUGAAGGGUUCAUUCAAUUCCUAUAUCACGACUCGGCAAUCUAUCCACAAACUGUGGUGGCUGAUUUCAAGGACAUAUUUGAUUGGAACUCUAGAGAUUUGAUUGAACAUAUCAUGGUCCCUUUAUGAGGAAGGAAGGUUCUUAUGCCAUGAAUGUUUGCCUGCUUUAUAAUUAAUCCAGUAUCCCAACAGAUUGCUGCUUCAUGCUGUCACUAGCAAAAAAUACCUGUGCAUACGCACCGGUCACACGCCGUUGAUUAUCACAGACCACACAGACCAGAAGCUGUAAUUGAGCAUGUUCAAAGUAGAAGAAUUUGAUUAAGUGAGAGGAGUACAGAGACAAUAUCAAGCCAAGUGGUUGGUCCCAGUUAUGAUGGCAUUAGACAAGAGAGUUAUGAAUGGCUUGCAAAUCAAAAACUAGUGUUGCUGCUAACCAUUGGAUGUUCAGUUGAACCGUGAAAGCAGGCUAUGGUUUUAGUUUUACUAUUCACGAAGCCAAAACCAUCCUUAAGAUUUCACAAUUUUUACAGUAAUAUUUCCUUUUUCCACUUUACCCCUUUGAGAGACCAGACACACCACUUCAUCAUUUUGGCGUUGAAGAGAUGCAGUGCUCUGAUUGUAGGAAAGAUGAAGAUUUCUAGUUUUUGCUUCGUGUUUAUUUUUGUCUUUCAUAUGUUCAUAACUUCUGUUUGUUUUUAAUGUUAGUGUUGCAGAUUAGCAGAAGAUUGUGGCUUUAGUGUGGCGGUGAGCAUUGUUGCAGAACUUCAGAUGAUUGAUGUGUAAACUUGUCAAGGUUUUUAGAAUAUUUAGAGAUUUCGAGAUAGUGUAGAUAUGAAAUUUGGAUUUUGUACUGAAAAUGAUUUGAUGUCACAAUCAUAUUUUUGGACACAAAUCAGCUUUCUCAGCAAGUUUUACACAUAGCAAAAGUCUUGGCAUAAUUAAGGCACGCAAUUAAGUUAGACUAGCUAACAGAUCGAACAAGCAAGCUGGGUAUAGCUACAGGUUAUCAACAGUGGUAUAUAAUUGCGUUUUCCCCAUUUUUUUCUCCAUUACCGUUGGGUUGGAGUUUAGAGCUACAAAGAUCACACUAUCUUUAUAUCACCAUGUUCUGUAUUAUGCAAUUCUAUAUGACAUGAUAGUUUUCUGAGUUUUAGGUGGACCACGUAUUCCAGAUUCAGAUUUUGAGGUACAUGGCAACAACUCAGCAAAUGUAUUGCUUAUAUUCAUACAUGUGUGAUAUAAUUUGUUUCUAUUUUAUGGUAUUAGUUUUUCCUCCUUCGAUGGUUGUAGGCAUAUAAAAGAGGUGAGAAAAAUACACAUUUCCUAUCCUCGUUUUUACGGUGAAUGAACUUAUGUAAGGGAGUUUAAAAGAUGUAGUUCAAACUAAAUGGUAGUUAAAUUUUUUUUCUUCUUAAUCUCAAUCAUUAAUAACUUGGCAAAACUUUUUUCUUCUGAUGUUUUUAGUCUGUCCUCUAUUUUUUAUUUUCACAGCAACGUUUACUUUCACAAAUCAGGUUGCCAUUGUUUCCCCAAGUUUCGUUGAUUUUAUCCUUUCCCAUGUUUUCCCCUUUGAUGAGGUAAGCUCCUUUGGAAGAGUUUCUUGAUUUUGUAGAUAAUUCGUAUCCUUGCUACAUCUUGUGUUUUUAUGUUGGAAUUCUGUUUUUUUGUUGAUCUGCAUUUUGUUGGUAAGUUCUUUUUUAUGUUUUGCUUUUUAUCAUUUUGGUUGUAAUCUGUUUGUGUGCUGUCAGGAAUUCCACAUCGAGUAAAGGGUAUGUUGGGGCCUUGGGGGUUAGUUCCAUGAUAGCAUUAGAGGGCAUGUCAGAGGGUUAAUGCCAUGAUAGAAUUAGAGCAUAUGACCAGAAUGAGGUCUUGGGAGGAUCUUAGUAGAAAGGUCUUACGGGAAAGGCGAGAUUGAUGCCACUAGGACAUUCCAAUUGUAUACUGCCACCUUAUCGACUAGACUCUCUAGUUUGUUGGACAAGAGGUAGCUUCUUCGUUGGAUCCAUGUGUCGGAGUUAGUUGGUGGUUAGAUAGCAUUGCAUCUUAUGUGUACUUGCAUUUGUGUAGUAAUUAGGAUAUGUGCUAUAUGUGCAUUGUUGUUAAUAUGAUUGCUUAUGUAUUUUGAUAUUGUGUAAUAUAUUUAAAUUGAACGCUAA